AUGGCGUCUCUAGCAGGGCCUGAGAUAAUAAUGGAGGCCCCCAAGAACGUCCUUUUUCGUCGUUUUGCAGUUGCUCCCGAUUGUUUGACUGGGUACAAGAGAGAAAUUCUAGCAACAUGGAGUAAACCUUCGGUUCCUUCUAUCGCCAUGGACACUGAAAAAGCGGAUACUUUUCCCUCUAUUUCUCUGGAUCGUUCUGCCCCUUGGGUGAAACUCCCAUAUCCUGCCAUUGAUGUGGCCUGGUGUCCAUUUAAGGAGGGAAAUACUUACGCCGCAUUCUUGACGGCAUGUAGCAGCCGUCCGUUACAAAUGUGGGACGCAGACGACGCGUCUCUUCGUGCGUCGUACUGCUGUGAUAACGCUCUUGGAAAAACAGCAAGCCCGCAUGCGUUAUUAUGGUCCCGCUGCCACACGUUUUUGGCGGGUGGGUACGGCGGCACUUGCGACCGUAUCCACGUACGUGUCUACGAUGUUCUUAGGGAAGGGGAUACAGUUCAUUCGUCGUAUUGCUCGCCUUGUUCGAAGGGUAUUGUCUCCGCCCUUUCGGAUGGACCGCAACCAUAUGGGGAAGAAUUGCUGUUGGCAGGGUUUAUACGAUCUGGAAACGUAGAUGUUAUAGAUACACGGCAUUUUGGAGCGGCGGCCGUACUACGUGGUUUGCGGUCGGGUGUUGCGCAGAUUCAGGUUCAUCCAACGCUGGAGUAUCUUGUUUUUGCCGCAGGUCGACUUGGUGAUAAUCGAAUUGUCUGCUGGGAUAUUCGCAAAAGCAACCGGAUUUUUGCGACCUUUGACCGAAAGGUGUCCACACAACAAACCGCCUUUUUUGGGCUUAUUUUGCCACGAGGGACAGGAGGGCGGCGAACGUGUCUGGUGUCGGCAACGCAUGACGGUGGCGUGUUGGUCUUUGAUGAUGUUUUUGUUGCGGGUGAACCGCGGCGAAUUCAGGCAUCCUUGGGGCCGACUGCAGGGUUGUCUGUUCUCGAAGAUGGAACGGUUAUUGCCACAGUGGGGGAGCGUCAGUACCCCGUGCGAGACACGUAUGAAGCGAAUGGGGGCGAGUCGAAGACGAAUAUGAGACUUGCGAAGCGGGAACGCGCCCCGUUUGAUGAUUCAGAGACGGAGACGGAGGAUGGGUUCUGCAACGGGGAGUUUGCGGCCGGUGUUGCGGUGUUCCGGUUGUAA